CACUCACAGGAGCAAGUCCAAGGCAGACGGCACUAAUUGGAUCUGGAACGGAAUCUGAUUGAGAAAAGUGAAUGGAGGCUCAUUGAACAGAUUCUGCGAAACAAGAGAAGAACAAAAUGGAGGUUGGAGUAUCGAUGGUCUGGUUCCCUGUUUUUGCGUCUAAGGGAGAAAAAUGAAGGGCACGCUGAAAGCCCGGUAUGAACUGGACCAAAUGACGGCCACCUCCACCGUCUCCGUCAGAGCCGGCGACCUAAAUCUCCGAGCUUCUAUGACCGAUGCCACCCUCGUCAAUGGCCCCUCCCUAAACGGUUUAGCUCUUGCAGUCGAAAAACCUGGCUCUUUCAUCAUCGAUUACAACGUCCCCAAAAAGGACCUUAGGUUUCAAUUCAUGAACACGGUUAGGGUUUUGGAGAAGCAGUUGAAAUUGAACUACGUACACUUCAAGGGAGAUAGCCGGACAGUUCUGGACGGGACUUUAGUUUUGGAUUCGGCGAACAAGGUUUCAGCAAACCACACAAUUGGCUCCCGGAAUUGCAAGCUCAAGUAUACUUUUCUGCACAAUGGACUAACAACGAUUGAACCGAGCUACGAUUUCACCAAGAAUGCAUGGGAUUUUUCAAUUUCGAAGAGAGUUUAUGGCGAUGAUGUGCUGAAGGCUAUGUACCAGACGUCCAGCAAGAAUGUGACCCUUGAAUGGUCAAGGAAUUCCAAGUCGAAUGGCUCUUUUAAGGUUUUGGCAUCUCUUAAUCUGGCAGACGAUCAUAAAAUGCCAAAGCUGAGUGCUGAGAGCACAUGGGACUUCGAAAUGUGACACAGUUCUUUUUCUGCUUCUUUUUUUCCAGUUUAAUCUGAUACCAAUCUAUAUGCAUUUACCUUAGUGGCUGCCCUUCGGCCGCGGCUUCUUAUGGCACUUUUUAAGGAGUUUCGUGAUAUUGUUUGUUCAGACAAAUCAUGUCCGAUUUAGCAUCAAGUUUUUAGCUUUGAUUCAAAAAAAAAAUGUCUAGACCAGGUGUCUCGUGGGCCUCUUCGCAUCAAGUUUGGACAGCACCUAGCAGUUUUUAGAACAUUGGUUUUUGGAGUAGCUUUACGAGAACCAUCUUGUGCUCUGAAUGUGAUAUAAUCUGAUACACCCAAUAAUUGUUUCCUAGCACAGGUGAUUAAUAAGAUCCCUAUGGUUUACACAAUACAGUACUUGGUAGUAUUUAUUUCUGUGACAUGUCACUACUCUGUUCCCUAUGGUCACUAUUUAUCAGACAAUGGUGAACAACUCUCUGUUCUGUUCUACUUCAUUCGUUC